UAUAGGAAAGUAUGAAGAAGAUGCAGAAAUAGUUGAAAAAAAAGUAAAGAGAUUAGAAGAGGAAAUUGAAUGUCCUGUUCCUCAAAACAUAAAAGCUCUGCACAACUUAGACCUGAAGAAAUGGGAAGAGGAAGACACUUUUUAUCAGGAAACUCACAGCUUUUCUUCAAUGAUGCAAAAAGUGAAAGACCAACCAUAUGUAAUUUUCGUUGGAGUCCCAGGAUCAGGGAAAUCGGCCACAGCUCGUCACAUUGCACUUAAGCUCAAAAGUGAAAAUUACCAGGUUUUGCCCAUUAAGGACAUUAGAAAGUUAGAAGAUUUUUGCGAUACCAAUAAUCCACAGGUUUUUGUUAUGGAAGACGCCUUGGGUGUAUAUGGCCUUCAACAGUCUGAAUUGAAUAUCAUACUCCGAUAUAAAGAGCGAAUAAUCACACCAAUGAAUGAAAAUUCAAAAUUACUGCUGACAUGCAGAGAGAUUGUAUUUAAUGAGGUUUUAUGUCACAAUGUCUUUUUAGCUGAGGACAACAAUGUCAUUAAGUUGUGCAAUUCUGAGCAUGAUUUAAAUGACAAUGACAAGAAACUAAUCUUAAAGAAAUAUGGGUUAGAUGAAGAUUUAAUGACCCGUUCAGAGCUUAGGUCUGCAUCUCGAAUGUUCCCUCUUCUUUGUAAACUGUUUGCAAAAGACCUAAAACUCAGAUCUCUGGGUUCAAAGUUUUUCAUUAUGCCUGUACAGUGUUUCCUUGAGGAAUUGGAUAAAAUGAGAUCAGAGAACAAAAUUAAUUACGCAACACUUAUUCUAUGCAUGAUGAAUGGAGAUAUGCUCUCAAAAGAAAUUCUGCGAGAUAAAAACAAUGCUGAAUUUAUUGAAAUGAAAACUGUUGUGCUAGAAAGUUGUAGGGUAGAAAGUCACACAGAUACAUUCAAGUUUAUGGAUGCUUUGUCUGCAAUGAAAGGUACUUACACAAGAGAGAAUGACACAGUGUUCUCAUUUAUUCAUGAUUAUAUUUAUGAAAUCUGUGCAUUUCAUUAUGGUCAACAGUUUUUGGACCAAGUUUUACUCUAUUUGGAUAGUUGUUACAUAGCAAACUAUGUAAGACCAAAGGAUGUGGAAGCAAGUACCAGUAGCACAGGUGAGAAGUCCUUUGAUUUGUGUCUAAGGUUAAAUGAAGGACAAUAUCUUAUGUUUGCAGAGAGGCUUUACAGAGACAUACAGGACCUGGAUCUGCAUGAUGUCUUCAUGAACAAUUCUUUGAAACAUCCUCAAGUAAUACAGGCAUUCAUCAAUGUGUUGGAAAGAAAAUCCUACACAGAAUUAAAAUCUAUAUUCCUACAAAAGCAAGGCAGGGGCCUACCUCACUUAUUAAGUAAAGUGCGGGACUUAAUCAAGGAAACUCAGAUGCAGACAAAUGAGGAGAUUGAAAGAGAGAGACAGUGUGUGUUGUUGGAUGAGAAGUGGCAUGCUAAAACAUACACGCACAACAUCAGAGUGAUCAGUUGGGUGAUUAUGUAUGGACAUAAUCAGAUCCUGCAGUAUAUUUUAAAAGAAGUGAAGAAACAUGAUGAGGAUAUAAAAAGAGAAGUAUUUAUGGACACUCAAAUUUCUGAACAUCCUCAAAGUAAAAGGGAAGUAUUUCAUGACAAGAUAAUUAAUGAUAUAACAGGAAGUUUGAAUGCCACAAAGUUAUUGUUGUUAAAUUGCAGAUACAUAGAGCAGACCAGAUUACUUGUGUUGGCUUGUUACAGUGGUGAUGUGGAGACUGUAAAAGCAAUUCUUCCUCACAUGAAUAGAAAUUCACUUAAUAGUAUUUGUCUGAGUAAUGCUCAUACACCACUGGUAAUUGCUUGUCAAGGUGGAUUUAAAGAUAUUGUUAAAGAACUGAUAAAUGCAGGAGCUGAUAUCAGUCAGCAAGAUUUACACGGAAAUGCUCCACUAGUAACUGCAUGUCAAGGUGGAAAUUUGAGUGUGAUGAAAAAGCUAGUGAGUGUAGGGGUAGAUGUCAAUCAACCUGAUGGAAGAGGAAGAAGGCCAAUUGUAGCUGCUUGUCAGGGUGGACAUUUGAGUCUAGUACAGGAGCUGGUGAAGGCAAAGGCUGAUGUCAAUUUAAGAAAUGGACAACAGGAGGUGACGACUGGUGAAAAAGGACAACGUAAGUGGAUAUUAACAACCAAACUAGAUAAAGAAAUGUACACACCAUUGGUAGCAGCUUCCAAAGGUGGGGAUGUGAGAUUGAUUGAAGAACUGGUGAAAGCAGGUGCUGAUGUCAACUUACAGGAUGGAGAAGGGAAUACACCAUCGGUGUCAGCUUGCAAAGAGGGUCAUUUGAGUGUUGUGGAAAAACUUGUUAAGGCAGGUGCUGAUGUCCACCUAUGUGAUGGGAAGGGGAAUACAGCAUUGGUAUUGGCAUGUGAGGCUGAGAAUGUGGGACUUGUUGCUGGACAUGAUAUCUAACGUCACUCACCAAGAUGUAUGGAGGAAAUUGC